AUGGCAUUCAAUAGUCGUGCCGAGAUGUUUCCAUUUCCAUACUCUAUUGAUCCGAUGCCUCGAGGGAUGAGAGAAGGUCUCAUUGGCGUGGCCAUCUUCGCGACCUUUUCCGUCCUCUCGACCUCUGUGCUCAUAGCGUUGAUUGCGCACUGCCUCUACACCUGGAGGUAUUGCUACAGGCAAUACAUUCAGGCGAACCAAUAUGUGCUUUUCAUUUUGAAUCUUCUCAUUGCAGACUUUCAACCGGCACUGGCGCUCAUGAUCUCAUGGCAUUGGGUCGGCUUAGGCAAGAUCAUAGCUCCAACGACAGCCUGUUUUACACAGGCUUGGUUUCUACACAUUGGGGACGUCGCCAGCGGAGCUUUUGUCCUCGCCGUCGCCGUUCAUACGAACAUUGUUGCGAUCUGGAUCUUCGCCAUAGUAAUGACGAACAUUGGCCCCAUCCUACACAAGAAUUCUUUUUUCACUCGGGCAGGAGCUUGGUGUUGGGUUUCUCCGAAAUACGAGUCCGAGCGUCUCUUCUUUCACUACUUGUGGAUCUUCAUCGACCAAGCGUCAACCCUCCGCAUUUAUCUGUACCUCUUUCAUCGAAUGCGGAAUCAGCUGCAAGACCCAAAAAGCGGUCUAUCAUACGAGUCGGCCACCACGAAGAGCUUGUGGAGAGCUACCUGGUACAUGUUUCUGUAUGCAGGUGCAUAUCUCGUUCUAAUCAGCCCACUCGCCAUCGGUAGCAUGAUCGCAAUGAGUGGUUACACCCUCCCAGACGCAUACUUGCUGGUCGCUGGAUGCGUCAUGACGUCCUGCGGGUGUGUCGAUGUCCUUACGUACACCUACACACACAGGACUCUGGUCAGUUCUGCCCCGGAAGUCUCUGAACAACAACGCCGGUCAGCGUCGCCACCACGACACAUAAUCAAAGAUAGCAUCGAACUGCAUGGCCUUGGAUUGGAGACGGAGAUCACCGGCCCUGUCAGGGCGGUUCCAGCAAAAUAUCAAAAGGGUGUCCGGAGUCACGAGGACCUUACGUUCCCACCCACCGUCGCACGGCAUGCCUUAAGCGCUGAGCCUGCAGUCGAUACGCGCCAUGAUACAGGUGGAUUCAAUUUUGAGUUAAGAUAA